CCCCAGCAUGUAAAAAAAGAAGCGUUCCACUUCCGGCUUCUGCUACGCACGCUUCUUGUCCUCGUACUGCUUCACAAAGUCGUGAAACGGCAACCACUUUUGUGUCCUUACAGUUCCGCGGCACGUCGACGAGAACCAUGGCCCCCACGCAAGAGUUGAGCAUCGGCCAGAAGCUGAACGAGGGAAAGACCAAGCAGAUCUUUGAGCUCCUGGACCAGCCCGGACUGGUCCUGGUGCAGUCCAAAGACCAGAUCACGGCCGGGAAUGCUGCGAGGAAAGACCAGAUGGAGGGCAAAGCGGCUAUCGCCAACAAGACGACGAGCUGCGUCUUUAAGUUGCUGCAGGAAGCUGGCAUCAAGACGGCCUUUGUGAAGCAGCACUCCGACACGGCGUUCAUCGCCGCCCACUGCGAGAUGAUCCCUAUCGAGUGGGUGUGCCGGCGGGUGGCCACCGGGUCGUUCCUGAAGAGGAACCCUGGCGUUAAAGAGGGGUACCGCUUCUCGCCCCUCAAGAUGGAGAUGUUCUUCAAAGAUGACGCCAACAACGACCCCCAGUGGUCGGAGGAGCAGAUCCUGGAGGCCAAAUUCCUCCUGGGCGGCCUUACCAUCGGCAAGUGUGAGGUGGACGUGAUGAACCGCAGCACGGUGGCCAUCUUUGAGAUCCUGGAGAAGUCGUGGGCCACGCAGAACUGCACUCUGGUGGACAUGAAGAUUGAGUUUGGCGUGAACGUGAAGACCCAGGAGAUCGUUCUGGCUGAUGUGAUCGACAAUGACUCGUGGAGACUGUGGCCUGCUGGAGAUAGAAGCCAGCAAAAAGAUAAGCAGGUGUAUCGGGACCUCAAGGAGAUCACACCAGAGGCGAUGCAGAUAGUCAAGAGGAACUUUGAGUGGGUUUCCGAAAGGGUCAAGCUGCUGCUGGAGUCCCAGGCCGGGGGCAGAGUGGUGGUCCUGAUGGGCUCCACCUCAGACCUGGCCCACUGCGAGAAGAUCCGGAAGGCGUGUGGCUCCUACGGCGUUCCCUGCAUACUGAGAGUCACCUCGGCUCACAAAGGCCCGGAUGAGACUCUGCGCAUUAAAGCCGAAUACGAAGGAGACGGCGUUCCGACCGUGUUUGUGGCGGUGGCCGGCAGAAGCAACGGCCUCGGGCCCGUGAUGUCCGGAAACACGGCGUACCCAGUCAUCAACUGCCCGCCUCUGACCCCCGAAUGGGGCUCCCAAGAUGUUUGGUCCUCCCUCCGAAUGCCGAGCGGUCUGGGCUGUCCCACCAUCCUCUCCCCAGAUGCGGCGGCUCAGUUUGCGGCUCAGGUCUUCGGGCUGACCAACCACCUGGUGUGGUGCAAGCUGAGGGCCUCCAUGCUCAACACCUGGGUGGCCCUCAAGGUGGCCGACAAGAAGCUUCAGGCCUGCAGCAUCUGAGCUGACCGCCACCUCAGCGGGCCUGCUUCCGCUCUUCAUCACCCUCCAAACAUCAAUCUGUACCUGCGUCACAAACUAAUCAUUCCAUUCAAAUCAAUUUGAUAAACUUUCUAACAAACUUAG